AGUUAAUUCAAUGUCAACUUGUGCUUCCUCUGCUCCAUCUUUCGUUGGCGCACUUUCCUAUGCUCAUAUUAUUUCAUCAAACAUGAGCACCGACUCUAAUAAUAUUCCCACAAUAACAACAAUGGGUUGCCCAAUGCAAUCAACAGCGUCGUGCACUGUGACGUCGGCAAUAACUGAUGUUAUCUCAGUUUUUGCUCUCCCAUCUUCUUCUACGGCUGAUGCUAAUGCUUGUGCGCUGAAAGAUAAAGCUAAUGCUUGCGCUGCUUCAACUACGGCUACAGUGACUGCGGCGCCAGUAUCCGAAGCUUCUGCUUCUCCUCUUUUACCUGUUUUUGGCAACGAUAAUGCUCAGUGGGUGAAGGUAUCGAAUAAACGGGCUAGAAAAAACAGCAAUAAGAAUGCCUGUGGUACUGCUACUACUACUACUACUACUACUUCUACGACUGCAGUGACUGCGGCGCCAGCAUCUGACGCAGCUGCUUCCUCUCAUAUGCCUAUUGAUGUGACGAAUAAUGUGACUGGCAAUGCACAAUGGGUAAAGGUGUCGCAUAAACGGCAUAACAAUAAUAAUAAUAUUCGCAUAAGAGGAACUAGUGAUAAUACUGAUCUAAUUGUCGCUGACCGCUACAAAUUGCUUCAUUUGGCCUCUUUUUCUCCAUCCGUAUCUGAGGAUGACAUUAAAAAUUAUGUAGCUAAACAAAUUGAUUUAGACAGAACUCUAAUCUCAUGCUCUAAACUAAUUAAAAAAGAUGUCUCAGCUCAAUCCCUGAAUAGGAUUAAUUUUAAAUUAGGAGUCCCUGAGUCCUGUUAUGAGAAAUUACUAUGCCCGGAUAUCUGGCCAACAAAUGUUACCGUUAAGCCUUUUCUGAAUUUUCGGAAGGGUCGACGAAAGCUAUUACGGACGUAGCAAGUAGUACCCGACUAAUUUAUCUGGUAUGAGAACCAAGUCUGAAAUGGUGCACAACUUUAGUGAGCAAAUGAAUUACGACAUCUUUGUUUUCGUCGAAACAUGGUUGAAUGAGAAUUUUUUUGACGGUGAAUUCUUCAACUCAAAUCUGUUCAAUGUAUUUCGUAAAGAUCGUGAUGCUGAAAAAACUGGCUGCCUUCGAGGAGGUGGUGUUCUUAUUGCCAUUAAGCGUCAACUGCAAGCGUCUUUGGUCACACUUUCGAAUGGUGAUUCUUUACUGGAUCAGCUUUGUGUUUGUGUUAACGGUUCCUCACCGCAAGACUCUUUGUAUCUUCUUGCGUCGUACGUGCCCCCGGGCAGCUCUUUCGAAUUAUACAAGGCCCACGCAGAUAACAUUGCUUCAUUAGUCUUAAACAACGUUAAGGAGCAUCACCUCUGCGUGCUCGGCGAUUUUAACCUACCUAAUAUUAAUUGGUCAACCAGCAUUUCUAAUAAUUACGGUCUCACGCCAAAUAAUGUCAACUCAAGUCAAGAAUUGUAUUUCAUCGAUAAUGUACUUAGUCUUAACUUAAUUCAAAUUAAUAAUUAUUUUAAUUCUCUAA